AUGUCAGUGGAAGAAUCGAUUUGCGAGGAUAAUUUUGCUGCGACGACCACGAGAGAUGCCUCUGGCCGAUUCAUUGUCGAACUUCCGGUUAAACCGUCCGUUGUGUCCAUGUUGGGAAACUCCUACGAAAUCGCCAAACGUCGCUUUCUGUCGGUGGAACGCCGUUUACAAGCCAACCCUCAACUCAAAUCCGCAUACUCGGCUUUCAUCGAAGAAUAUCUUCUGUUAGGACACAUGGAAGAGAUUACUGACAUCACGGUACCCACACAGUACACCCCCUACUACCUCCCACACCACUGUAUUCAGCGUCCGGAUAGCUUGACCACGAAGCUCCGCGUCGUGUUUGACGCGUCUUGUGUGACUGAUACUGGCAUUUCACUUAAUGAUGCAUUGAUGGUGGGGCCAGUAAUACAAGAUGAUCUUGUAUCUUUUAUUUUGCGUUGGCGAAUUCAUCAAUUCGUAUUUAUUGCCGACGUGGAAAAAAUGUUCCGUCAAAUCCUGAUGCAUCCCCCGUUUCGAUGUCUUCUGCGAAUAUUCUGGCGAGAUGACCCUUCCCAGCCAAUUCGGAUCUUUGAACUGGCAACGGUUACUUACGGAACCUCUUCGGCACCAUACUUGGCCACUCGAUGCUUGCAAGAACUCUCCAAAGUAGGUCAACAGUCUCAUCCUGAUGCCGCAGAAGUUGUAGGCAAGGACUUCUACAUGGACGAUUUGCUAACGGGUUGUAGAGAUGUAGAAUCCGGAAGAAUUCUAGUCAAUCAGCUGCUCCAGCUUAUGGGCUCUGCUGGAUUCCAAUUGAGGAAAUGGUCAUCUAAUUCUCCGGAGCUUCUCGCCCACAUUCCGGAAUCUUUGCGAGAUGAACGCAACGUUCUUGGACUGGAUCCUGGCGCCUCGAUUAAAACCCUAGGGCUAAGGUGGGAACCAGCAUCAGAUGUUUUUGGUUUUCACGUUCCCAAAUGGAAGGACUACUCCCAUAUCACCAAAAGGAUUGCUUCCGAUACUGCCAGUCUAUUUGACCCGCCAGGAUUUCUCGGACCCGUAAUAGUAGUCGCUAAAAUGUUUGUCCAGGAUUUAUGGCGCAGCAACCGUUCCUGGGAUGAACCUCUAGAGAAUGAAAUCCAGCAAGGUUGGUUGCAGUUUCGUUCUCAACUCGUCAUAGUCGAGACAAUUACCGUUCCACGUUGGGUUAUUCCGCUUGUAGAUCCGACCCACAUCGAACUCCAUGGGUUUUGUGAUGCCUCUGAACGAGCCUACGGGGCAUGCAUCUAUUUACGCGUCGUGUCUACCAGUGGGGAUACGUCUGUGAAACUUCUAACUUCAAAAUCGAAACUAGCACCACUGGGAAAUACUCGCAAACAGAAAAAGAUCUGUCUAGCUCGGCUGGAGCUAUCAUCUGCAUUAUUAUUAUCCCACUAG